AUGAGCUCUCCCAACAAGCGAUCGAAAGGCACACCGGCCCCGGGCCUGGGACUCGACAUCUCCGAUGCAGAGAUAAAGAUUUUGAUCUUCGGUCUCGCAUGUAGUACUCCUGGCAAGGUUGAUUUCGACCUCCUCGCCAAACGAGGCGGAUACACCAAGGCAUCGGCCAAGGUCCUUUUCGGGAAGGCGAAGCGCAAACUCGCCACACUAUUUCCAGAAGAAAAUGUCACCGAUACCCAGGACGACUCCAGUACCGCCAACCCUCAAGCGGUUGAGAAUUCGGGUGCCGCUCACCUCCAAGGCGCGCAGUCUGCGGCAGAUACAGUGGUCAAGGAGGAGGAUACUGACCUUCUGUCUGAAUAUUUGAUGUCUCCCAUGUCCACGGGUCUGAAACGGAAGCACUCACUCAGUGAAGAGGAAGAUAUCGAGGAAGCUAUUUCCUUUGACAUUUAG